UAUUUCCCUCUAGUAGGAGAUAGGCCGCGUCUCCUCUGGAGCAUCCAGGCCCAGUCGCUCCUCUCCUUCCGUCGUGAUCAGUCCGCCAUGGCCCCCAGGGUAUACGUGACCAUCGUGAGUCCGUCGGUGCGAGCCACCCUCCUCACCACCCACGCGCUGGGCAUCAACAUCGAGAUGGAAGAGAUCGACCUCAGCAACAAGGAACAAUUCAAGCCCAGCUUCGUCAAGAUCAACCCCCAGCACACGGUGCCCACGCUGGAGGAUGACGACGACUUCGUGGUGUGGGACAGUCAUGUGAUUAAUGGGUACCUCGUGGACAAGUACGGCGGGAUCGACGAUUCGUUGUACCCCACGGAUAUGCAGGAGAGGGCGAAGGUCAACCAGAAGCUGCACUUUGACACAGAAUUCGCGACAUUGAGUAACAGGAUUGUGAAAUCCAUCUUGUGGGGCGGCAAGAAAAGCGCCCCCCAGGACCAAGUGGACGAGAUCAUCGAGCGCUACGACUUCCUCGAGAAAUUCCUCGCCAGCGGCCCCUACGUAGCCUUAGGUCACCUCACCAUUGCCGACUUCAGCCUCAUCGCCACCGUCACAACCAUCGAGCUAAUCGUGCCCUUGGACCCCAAAAAGUACCCGAAAAUCGCCGCCUGGAUAAAGAAAAUCCAGGCCCUUCCCUACUACGCCGCCAACAAGAACGGGCUCGACAAGGUCAGGAACCUCCUGGCGGCCGCCCUCGAAGCCUAAGAACCACCCAAGAACCAACCUAUAUCUUCUUACAUGUACUACGUACUAAUUUUGUUUUAUGUUGAUACUGCUUGUUUUUAUGUAGACUUAAAUAAAAACAUAAAAAUCC